GGAAGAAGAAGCGGAAGAAGAAGACGGAGCUAAGCGUGACGUCAGCACAUCGGUGGGAAUGGAUGCCUUCAACGUCGUCCUUAUUUCGCGCACUUUCACCUGUCUUUUCGUGUCCCUCGCGUAUUUCUCGCGGGCCUCCCUCGGCACGGAGCUGAGUUUCGUGACAUGCGGCUCCGUCGUCAAACUUUUAAACGUGAAACACAACGUGAGGCUGCAUUCUCAUGACGUGCGCUACGGCUCCGGAAGUGGACAGCAGUCGGUGACGGGCGUCACAGGCGUGGAGGACGCCAACAGCUACUGGAGCGUGCGCGGGACUCGCGAGGCGGCGUGCCGACGGGGCGAGGCGGUCAAGUGCGGUCAGACCAUCCGACUGACGCACGUCAACACGGGCCGGAACCUGCACAGUCACCACUUCAGCUCGCCGCUCUCCUCCAACCAGGAGGUGAGCGCGUUCGGCGAGGAGGGCGAAGGCGACCACCUGGACGAAUGGAGCGUGGUGUGCGGCGGGUCGGUGUGGAAGCGGCAGGAGGCGGUCCGCUUCCGCCACAAGUCCACCGAUGCGCUGCUGUCGGUGACGGGGGAGCAGUACGGCCGGCCCAUCCACGGCCAGAGGGAGGUGCACGCCAUGCCCGGCACCACGCCGCACAGCUUGUGGAUGGCCAUGGAGGGCGUCUUCAUCAAGCCCAGCGAGGCCAUGGCGGGCCAGGAGCACCACUACCAGCACACCGAGUUCUGAACGCCCCUUUUCUUCUCUCGUCUUGGGAGGAAGUUGGUGUCCACUCGCUUCCUGUUUCCUCUCAAACGUCACACAUGCGGACUUUCUCUCACCGCACGACUACUUCCUGCUGAAGGAGACACGCGCUCUUUGUAGUAAACACAGGAAUAUUUAUAGAACAAAAAAAAAAUUGUCAAUUUCUAUUUUAUUGACUGAAUCAUGAGGUCCAAAGUGCGUGGUUUUUUUUUUUUAAGGGACAGUCGCACAUUUUGAAAAUACUAUCCUCCAGAAAAAUGAAUACAAAUUGGAAAAAAGAGCCUACGUGUUUAAGGUAGCAGGAAAAUAAUAAAUGUUGUCGUUAAAAACAA